UGUUAAAUGAUAAAUGUUGUUGCACUCCCUUAUUAACCACACCUGAUGUUGAUGAGCAGAAAGGUAGGGUGAGCAUGAGGGGAAACUUUCUGGUGAGUGCAGCUUGACCAAAUUUUGGUGCAUUUUUGACUGCAACUUGAUGUAUACAGGGUUCGUACGGGUGCUUGAAAUCCUUGAAAGUGCCUGAAUUUUAAUGUGUCUUUUCAAGGUUUGGAAAGUGAGAUCUGGUGCUUGAAAGUGCUUGAAAAUGUAAUUGUAUUUCAUUCACCACAAAUAACUAUCUGAUUGAAUAGUUUUAUUAUUAGAUAAAGAAAUAAAAUGAGUUGCAAAAGCAAAAUUUCUCCACCUGGGCUGCCUUGCACCUUGCACGUCAGUCUGUUUCAAUGUGUGACACCGCCCCUCCCCCGAGCAGAGAUCUGAGCAAGACCAAAUGCAAAAACUGAGCAAGAGGGGCUGCUAUUGUGUGUGUGUGUGUGUGUUUGUUUUUCGUUUUAGGAGGACAAUUUUCAAGACAAAUCAAAGAGCUAUGAGGACCCUCUGUUACAGGAGGACAUUUUGCUGUCCUCAUAAAAUUAACCUUUUAAAACAGUUUCUGGGCAUGUUUUAAUACCCAAAAAGUGUUUUUCUCAAAAGUCUUUGUAAACCAAAAACUUGACAUAUGUUGUAUAUUUGUGUGUCCGCCACUGCCCCCUGUCGGUUGGAGUUGUCCCCGCAUGCCGCACACACAAGCGCGGGAAAUUAUACACGAGCGCGGGACAUUAUACACAUCGCGCGAAAUUGGAAGCUGCGCAUGCGCAUUUUAGUAUUACCCAUUUAGACCGUUGAUAUUUACAUCAGUGAUUUAGACUGACUGAUUGGGCGCUUCUUAUUCAUCCGUCAAUUUCGGCAGAGUUUUGACACGCUUUGGAGAAAAGGUAAGAAGGUAAUUAUAAAACUUUUAAAAGACGGACGUUCUGACAGACAGUGCUUCAGAGCCGGAGCACGCGGAACGGUUCAUGGAGGUCACAGCAACACGCGGUGCGGGGAUUCCCGGACUGUCCCAAGCACCGGGAUCAUUUCUUUUUACCCUGGCCUAAUCUCAUCACUUGUUUCAAGCAAAUCAUGUCACGGAGAACCACUCCCCUUCAGGAUGCCAUUAAUCACAUCCUUGCAAGAAGAGACAAGAAUUCAAUGUUAGAAAUCAAAUUUAUUAAUUCAGUUAAAGUAUUGAUGGAGCACUUGAAGAUGGGUCAUUUGGGCGACUAGUAAACGAUGAACACAGGACAACAAAUUGCAGAAUGAAGUUGAUUGAAGCAGAAGGGAAGCCACAUCUCUGCCUUUUUGCACUGAAGGAAAUUGCGGCAGGAAGUGAAAUUACUUAUGACUAUGGUGGGAAAGAAUGGCCCUGGCGGAAAAAGCUAAAGAUCGCAAGCAUCCCUUCUGGUCAACAGUGUGUUGCAGAGCCUAUUGCCCAUGACGUGGAGCACCAUGUGAUCUCUACAGACUCAUUCACAGACAGAGAAUUAAGAGCAGAGUGUCAGUCAUCUAGACCUACAGCAGACAACUCUGAGCACGAGGUGCAUUCUGUUGGAGGUCAGCGUGGCACUUCUUCUCUGAAAGAGUUAAUUGGUGAAGUUGGUGUCCAGUAUCAGGAGUUGUCACCCCAAGCGUUCUCAGAAGAACUUACCAGUGAGAGCAAAUCGAAAGAGGUGCCACAAUCAUCCAGAGCUGUGCCUAACGACUCUGCUUGUGAGUGUACAAUUCAUAGGCUGGUAUUUGAAUCGGUGAAACUUGACAAAUGCGGGAUAUGCCAUUCACCUUUGACAGCUAUCAGAUGGCAUGGUCUAAGAUGCAGCAUCAUUCUGCCAGAAGUCUUUGAGCAAGAAUGCAUUCUGAAACAUGGCCUAUGUGGCCCAUAA